CGAGAUUUUGAUGCUCCGCUACCUAGGUUCCGGUGCCUGCAGGCUUGCCCCUUUGCAUUCAUCACACCUCAUGCUGCGCAACACUCUGCACUGGCUUUCUUAGGACACCUUACAGAAAACGGGAGUUUGGAACUCCCAGAGCCAACGCUAUGGAAGAAUGUGUUACCUUAAAUACUGCAAAUGACCUUGAAACAUGGGAGAGACUGGUUAAAGAGCAGUCAAGCCUCUUUCGUCUCACACUCACUGAUAAUGAGACGCUACGCCUGCGGGUUGACGAACUGGAACGAGAACUGUCGGUCUGGAAGCUGGCUUUCAAGGCUGCCGAAGAUGAAAGAUGCAAUCUACAAAAAAAUAUGCUCAAGCUGGAGAAAAACAUUGGCUCAUUAACGGAUGAUAACCCACUUCUCCUCUGCGUCGACUUACUGGCGUCCGGCCAUACGGGAGGUCGGCAGGCGGCUAUGCUACUAACCAAAGGGUUGACAGAUUAUAUGGUCGAUAUUGACGCUGGAUCUUCCGGGCGUGGCCAAGUUUGGCUUACUGUGUACUGCAACAAAACGGGCUUGAUGGACACGCUGGUGAAUAACGGUAUAUGCAGUUCAGCAGAAUUUGAAUCAUUUGUGCUGGGAUUCAACUCAGCUUCACCGUUAUUCUCUAUUGUGGAUGUGGGUGGGGGAAAGGAAGCAGCUGAUGCGAAGAUUAAAGAAUGUCUUCGUGUUUUCACCCGCUUUCCCCAGACUUCACGUGUAUUCUUUGGAGGCGGACAUGACAAUGGAUACACUACUACAUUAAAUACCCUCGAAAAUGAGGGCUUACUGCAAAAAAUUGUCCUGCUCCGUGGAUACAAGACUCUCGCCAAGGAGUUUCAACACUUUGAUUUGCCCCACCUCGAUAUUGAAGGAGUUUUCAUGACAAAGAAACUUCCUUCAUCUUACUCACACAGGAGGGUUAACUCCAAGAAUUUCCUUGUAGGAACACAGAGUCCUGUCAUCUCUUCGGGUACACAAUUCUGCAGAUAUCUUGACCCUUCUUUGCCACUCAACAAACGUACGUCUCCGGAUGCUAAACCCCACGACCCUUGCACAUUUUUCUACCUGUCCGUGUGCAAGCAGGGCGAUAAAUGUGCCUACGGCCAUGAUUAUUUUCUUACAGCAGACAAUUACGCCGACCUUCGUGCCAAUGCGAUGAAAUCUCCUUGUUCCAUUCUUAACAAGAACCAACCUUGUCCUGCCGGCGAAAGUUGCCCUUCUGGACACUAUUGCCCCAGAGGGUCUAAAUGCGGCUACAGGAAACAAGGCAAAUGCAAAUUCAUCGGGAGAGAGAUGCAUGCGGCAUUGAAUGACCGCAUAAGUGGACGACCGCCAUCUCGAGCCCUAAGCAACAGCAACGUCAGCGGACAGACAGAUGGAACUCCAACUCCUCCAAUGAGCCCGGUUGGCUUCAAUAAUAUCGUCGGCCUAUCUCCCUUUGUACCACAAGGCACUAGGUGAUUCGUAUAUAACGCUGAAUCGUAGUAUGUCUAUACAUUUAAUGCAUAAAUAUGGUGCUACCGAAUAUCGUAGCAUGAAACGCGGUCAC